CAUGGGCUUGCAGGGCCUUUAUAAUGAAGAAUAAACUUCGAAUGCAAUUCAAUCAGAUUCAUCUGUAAUUUGAGUGUACAUGUAUAAAGUUUAAGUAUGCAUUAAAUCAUGUGUUAGAUAAAAAUGAUCAUACAUUUACUGGAACAAAUUGAAUUGGAAUUUUAAACCCUUAAUAAAAUUGAUGUCCUCGUUGCGCAUUUCCGUGUGUGUCUGUAAACGCCCCCUGACGUCACUUCCUGAUGUCAAUAUGCAGCUAUGUUCAUCGGUGGUAUCAUAGCCACUGGAAAAAUGUGAUGCAGGAAUGAGAUUAAAAUCAGGAACAACAAGGAGAUAGGAAGGAGUCGUUCUCAAAUCUCCACGGAACUUGAAAACCAGUGCCGGUCGCAUUCAAAUCCGACCAGAAGUGGACUAGUGGUCCGGACCUGUUUCGAGCAGUAGCCAUCUUUUUGGAGAAUGGACGGAGCGAUACGGCGUCCGGCCUGCAUCCUGAGCCUGACUAGCGGGCUGGUGGAGGUCGGUGGCCGGGCCUCGAUGCUCCAAACACUGCUCAUUUUCUCCGCUUUCGGGCUGCUCCUUGGACUGCCGACUAUCACCGAGGCGAAAGAAUGCGACAAACCGUGUAUGAACGGGCAAUGCAACACGUCUACGGGCCACUGUGUGUGCAGCCCCGGCUGGGUCGGGGACCAAUGCCAACACUGCGGAGGAAGGUUCAGGCUGACGGGUCCCUCAGGGUUCCUGACAGACGGACCAGGGAACUACAAGUACAAGACCAAAUGCACCUGGCUCAUUGAGGGAACGCCCAACAGCAUCCUCAGACUGAGGUUGGACCACUUUGCUACAGAGUGUAGCUGGGACCACCUGUAUGUGUACGAUGGUGACUCUAUCUACACUCCUCUACUGGCUGCCUUCAGUGGGUUGAUAGUUCCUGAGCGCUACGGCAACGAGACGGUUCCGGAGGUGGUUUCACAGUCUGGUUACGCUCUCCUCCACUUCUUCAGCGACGCUGCUUAUAACCUGACCGGCUUCAACAUCUCAUAUAGGGUGAACACGUGCCCUAACAACUGUUCAGGCCGAGGGGAGUGUCGCGUUGGGAACUUAACAGGUGCUGUUUAUUGUGACUGUGAAUCCAAUUGGAAGGGCGAGGCCUGUGAUGUCCCUUACUGCCUGUCAGACUGUGGUUGGCCUGACAGGGGACACUGCCUUCAGGACACAAAGACAUGUCGAUGCCAACCUGGGUGGCAAGGUCCAGGCUGCUCUGUGUCCGUCCCAGCCAACUCCUCGUUCUGGCAGCGGGAGGAGUACCCCGAGCCAGGUCUGGCCAGGGCUUCCCACAAGGCUGUAGUGGACCAGGGGAUCAUGUGGGUCAUCGGGGGUUACGUCUUCAACUCCUCAGACUACCAGAUGAUUACAGCGUAUAACCUCAGCUCCCAUCGCUGGCUGUCUCUCAACCGCUCUGUCAACUCAGUCAUGGGACGAUAUGGACACUCUCUGGCACUACAUGAGGGAAAGAUCUACAUGUACGGUGGGAAGAUAGACUCUACUGGCAACGUGACCAGCCAGCUGUGGGUGUUCCACAUCCAGAACCAGACCUGGGUGUCCCUCUCCGCUGGAGCCCAGGAACAGUGGGCCGUGGUGGGACACUCUGCUCAUGUAGUGCCCCCCCUGCUGGAGGGAGGCAGUCCGGUCAUGCUGGUCCUCUUCGGACACUGCCCUCUAUAUGGAUACAUCAGCCAGGUGCAGCAGUACGACAUCGCUAGGAACACGUGGAGUGCAGUGGUUACGGAUGGAGCCCUGGUACAGGGAGGGUACGGCCACAGCAGUGUGUUUGACCCCUCCUCUCGAGCCAUCUACAUCCACGGAGGGUACAAGGCCUUCAGCGCUAACAAGUACGGACUGUCCGGAGACCUGUACAAGUACGACGUGGACCGCAGCCGAUGGACGGUUCUAAAGGACAGCGGGUUCUUCCGGUACCUCCACACGGCGGUCAUCGUUAGCGGAACCAUGCUGGUGUUUGGAGGGAACACGCACAACGACACGUCCAUGAGCCACGGAGCCAAGUGCUUCUCCUCUGACUUCAUGGCCUAUGACCUGGCAUGUGAUGAGUGGUCAGUGCUGUCCAGACCAGACCUCCACCAUGAUGUCAACCGGUUCGGACACACGGCCGUCUACAGUGACAGUGUGAUGUAUGUGUUUGGGGGGUUCAACAGUCUGUUGUUGAGUGAUGUCCUGAUCUACACGCCAGCCAGCUGCUCCAGCGCUCCCAGCGCUGCCGCCUGUAUAGCGGCCUGGCCGGGGGUUCACUGCGUUUGGAAUGCUAACCUGGGCUCCUGCCUGCCCUGGGACUCGAACCCUGGACCCCUGGAGGAGCACCUGGCCUCCUGUGGAACCAGAACAUAUGUUGACAACGAUCGUUGUGACCAGUACACGGACUGCUACAGCUGCACAUCCAAUACCAACGGCUGCCAGUGGUGUGCUGUUCAGUGUCUCUCCGUGAGCUCAAACUGUACAGCCGUCACGGGGGCCAUCAUGGAGUAUGAUGUCUGUCCUAAAGACAACCCAUCAUAUGUCUGCAACAAGAAGACCAGCUGUAAGAGCUGUGGGGUGGACCAGAACUGCCAGUGGGAACCUCGGAACCAGGAGUGCAUCGCUCUACCAGAGAAUAUUUGUGGUGAGAGUUGGCACCUGGUGGGUAACUCGUGUCUGAAGUUCAUCACAGCAAAGGACUCGUACGACAACGCCAAGCUGACCUGUCGGGGUCACAACGCCGUCCUGGCCUCGUUGACCAAUCAGAAGAAGGUGGACUUCGUCCUUAAAGAGCUGCAGAUCAUGAACGUUCUGUACAAGGCCUUGGUGACGCCGUGGGUGGGGCUGAGGAAGAUCAACGUCUCCUAUUGGUGCUGGGAAGACAUGUCACCCUUCACUAACACCUCCCUCCAGUGGUUGCCGGGGGAACCCAGCGACGCCGGUUUCUGUGGUUACCUAGCAGAACCGGCAUCCAGCGGCCUUAAGGCCCAGACCUGCAUUAACCCUGUAAACGGGAGUCUGUGUGAACGAGCAGCCAAUCACAGUGCCAAGCAGUGUCGGACGGCGUGCUCCAUGCGGGCUACGUGUACUGAGUGUACCAGCAGCAGCUCUGAGUGUAUGUGGUGCAGCAACAUGAAGCAGUGUGUGGACUCGAAUGCAUACGUGGCCUCCUUCCCCUUCGGACAGUGUAUGGAGUGGUACACUAUGAACAGCUGUCCACCUGAGAACUGUUCUGGGUACAGGACGUGUGGCCAGUGUCUGGAGCAGCCUGGCUGUGGCUGGUGUACAGACCCCAGUAAUACUGGGCGUGGCCAGUGCAUUGAGGGAUCCUAUCGUGGGCCGUUCCAGACCGUAGUCCCCGCCCCCUCCACCCUGCCUGGCCCCACCUCUAGUCCUGCCUCCCAGCCGGCUCUCAACAUCAGCAUGUGUCCUUACGACACCGAGUACAACUGGAGCUUUAUACGCUGUCCAGCGUGCCAGUGUAACGGCCACAGUCAGUGUGUGAACCACAGUGUAUGUGAGAAGUGUGAGGACCUGACAACAGGGCUCCACUGUGAGAGCUGCAUCUCUGGUUACUAUGGAGACCCCACCAACGGGGGCAGCUGCCAACCGUGCCAGUGUAAUGGCCAUGCCGGUAUAUGUAACACUAACAACGGGAAGUGUUUCUGCACCACCAAGGGCAUCAAAGGAGACCGCUGUCACCUGUGUGAGGUGGAGAACCGUUACCAAGGAAACCCUCUGAAAGGAACGUGUUACUACACCCUGCUGAUAGACUACCAGUUCACCUUCAGUCUGUCUCAGGAGGACGACCGAUACUACACCUCCAUCAACUUUGUAGCCACGCCAGAGGAGCAGAAUCGUGAUCUGGUUGUUUUCAUCAACGCCUCCAAGAACUUCAACCUCAACAUCACCUGGGCUGCCAGCUUCACAGCAGGUACUCAGACAGGCGAGGAGAUCCCCAUCAUAUCCAGGAGUAACAUCAAGGAGUUUAAAGACAGUUUCUCCAAUGAGAACUUUGACUUCCGCAACAACCCAAACAUCACCUUCUUCGUCUAUGUCAGCAACUUCACCUGGCCCAUCAAGAUACAAAUUGCCUUCUCUCAGCACAGUAACUUCAUGGAUCUGGUGCAGUUCUUCGUCACAUUCUUCAGCUGCUUCCUUUCCCUCCUCCUGGUGGCGGCAGUCGUCUGGAAGAUCAAACAGAGCUGCUGGGCGUCACGGCGACGAGAGCAACUCCUCCGUGAGAUGCAGCAGAUGGCCAGCCGGCCGUUCGCCACCAUCAAUGUUGCCUUGGAAACGGACGAGGAGCCGCCGGACCUAAUUGGUGGAAACGUCAAGACGGUGCCCAAGCCCAUCGCCCUGGAGCCGUGUUUUGGGAACAAGGCUGCUGUCCUCUCCAUCUUCGUCCGUUUACCCAGAGGCACCGGGGGCAUCCCCCCACCCGGUCAGUCUGGGCUAACGGUGGCCUCGGCCCUCGUGGAUGUGUCUCAGCAGAUGUGUCUUGGUUACAAGGAGAAGUCAGGUGGUCUGAGGAACAGGAAGCACGCCUCUGCACAGCCCUCCACCUGUAUCUGACCACGCCCCCCUGCCACGGUCCUGGACCCCACCCCUGCUCCACCCUAACCCCUCCCCCUGCCCCAGAGACUACACCCCCGGACUGGAGGGAGGGAGGGAGGGAGGGAGAGAGAGGUAGGGGGUUUCCUGGGGGGAGCUGCGUACCUGCUGAGAGGAGGAGGGGAGCGGGAUGGGGAUGUUUGAUGGACAGUCACACCCUGCAGCUUCCCAACGGGACACCUGCUGCACCUGGGGAACCACACCUGGCUGACAGACAUGUGGAACUUAAGGGGAGAGAAAGAAAGACAUGUAUUAGUCCUCUACCACCUGAUCAGAGUAAAGGAGAAGCUUGAUCACUGUCUACUGUCUGAUCAACUACCAGUCAUUCUACCUGGUAUGCUGUCUGUCUGUCUGCUAGAGACUGUCUGAUCAACUACCAGUCAUUCUACCAGGUAUACUGUCUGUCUGCUAAACUACCAGUCAUUCUACCUGGUAUGCUGUCUGUCUGUCUGCUAGAGACUGUCUGAUCAACUACCAGUCAUUCUACCAGGUAUACUGUCUGUCUGCUAAACUACCAGUCAUUCUACCUGGUAUGCUGUCUGUCUGCUAAACUACCAGUCAUUCUACCUGGUAUGCUGUCUGUCUGCUAAACUACCAGUCAUUCUACCUGGUAUGCUUUCUACUACCAGAUAGCUAUCACAUUUAGUUUGUUUCUACACCUCACCAGUCAUAUCAGUUAGUCCCCAGCCUGAGUGCCAGUCUGUUUGUCUGUCUUGACAAUGACAGCAAUGGAGUUGGCAAGAGCACAAACAGAUGUGGCACUCAGGCUAGUUAGUCCCCAGCUCUCUGUAUAACAGCCUGUUGUUUACUUUAAUGUAGCUGUAAGCUAGGUGUUGAUAGUAACUGGCUGACUCAUUCAGGGCUAACGUAACAUUAGCGGACUAGUAGGGCUAACGUUAGCAGAAUAGUAGGGCUACCGUUAGCAGAAUAGUAGGGCUACCGUUAGCAGAAUAGUAGGGCUACCGUUAGCAGAAUAGUAGGGCUACCAUUAGCAGAAUAGUAGGGCUAACAUUAGCAGAAUAGUAGGGCUAACGUUAGCAGAAUAGUAGGGCUAACAUUAGCAGAAUAGUAGGGCUAACAUUAGCAGAAUAGUAGGGCUAACGUUAGCAGAAUAGUAGGGCUAACGUUAGCAGAAUAGUAGGGCUACCAUUAGCAGAAUAGUAGGGCUAACAUUAGCAGAAUAGUAGGGCUAACGUUAGCAGAAUAGUAGGGCUAACGUUAGCAGAAUAGUAGGGCUAACGUUAGCAGAAUAGUAGGGCUAACGUUAGCAGAAUAGUAGGGCUACCGUUAGCAGAAUAGUAGGGCUAACGUUAGCAGAAUAGUAGGGCUACCGUUAGCAGAAUAGUAGGGCUACCGUUAGCAGAAUAGUAGGGCUAACGUUAGCAGAAUAGUAGGGCUAACGUUAGCAGAAUAGUAGGGCUAACGUUAGCAGAAUAGUAGGGCUAACGUUAGCAGAAUAGUAGGGCUAACGUUAGCAGAAUAGUAGGGCUAACGUUAGCAGAAUAGUAGGGCUACCGUUAGCAGAAUAGUAGGGCUACCGUUAGCAGAAUAGUAGGGCUAACGUUAGCAGAAUAGUAGGGCUACCAUUAGCAGAAUAGUAGGGCUAACGUUAGCAGAAUAGUAGGGCUAACGUUAGCAGAAUAGUAGGGCUAACGUUAGCAGAAUAGUAGGGCUACCGUUAGCAGAAUAGUAGGGCUAACGUUAGCAGAAUAGUAGGGCUACCGUUAGCAGAAUAGUAGGGCUACCGUUAGCAGAAUAGUAGGGCUAACGUUAGCAGAAUAGUAGGGCUAACGUUAGCAGAAUAGUAGGGCUAACGUUAGCAGAAUAGUAGGGCUAACGUUAGCAGAAUAGUAGGGCUAACGUUAGCAGAAUAGUAGGGCUAACGUUAGCAGAAUAGUAGGGCUAACGUUAGCAGAAUAGUAGGGCUAACGUUAGCAGAAUAGUAGGGCUACCGUUAGCAGAAUAGUAGGGCUACCGUUAACAGAAUAGUAGGGCUACCGUUAGCAGAAUAGUAGGGCUACCGUUAGCAGAAUAGUAGGGCUAACGUUAGCAGAAUAGUAGGGCUAACGUUAGCAGAAUAGUAGGGCUAACGUUAGCAGAAUAGUAGGGCUAACGUUAGCAGAAUAGUAGGGCUAACGUUAGCAGAAUAGUAGGGCUAACGUUAGCAGAAUAGUAGGGCUAACGUUAGCAGAAUAGUAGGGCUAACGUUAGCAGAAUAGUAGGGCUACCGUUAGCAGAACAGUAGGGCUAACGUUAGCAGAACAGUAGGGCUAACGUUAG